AUCUAAGGAAAAUAGAUAAAGAAAAUGAUGAAUGCUACCUUCAGAAUCGUCUUUUUCGUUAUAUUGGUGCUCACUACUGCUUCAGGAGUUCAAUAUGAUAAAUUGGAAAAAAAUAACAUCGUAGAUAGGAGAAACCACAUUCCUAAAGAAAUGUUGGACACAAUUGUGGUAAAAAUAUGUCAGAAGACUUCAGAUUGUAAUGGCUUCAAUUGUCCACCUAACUAUGUUGCAACUUGUUUUGAUCUAUAUUGUGUAUGCACCAAACAAUAACUAAUCUAAUAGUUGAUGAGAAAUGUAAUAAGG